AUGAAAAAAGAUCCGAAGUACAAAGAUUUACCUUCCCAAAAAUAUUACGAUAAAUUGAAUGAAGAUAUAGUCGAAGAGGAAGAUGAAGAACAUGAAGGAAAUGAGGAACAUGAGGAACAUGAUGAAUAUGGAGAAAAUGAGGAAAAUAAAGUAAAUGAAGGAAAUGAGGAAAAUGUGGAACAUGAAGGUAAUGAGGGAAAUGUGGAACAUGAAGAAAAUGAAGGAAAUGUGGAACAUGAAGAAAAUGAAGGAAAUGUGGAACAUGAAGAAAAUGAAGGAAAUGAAUUAAAUGAGGAAUAUGAAGAAAAUGAAUUAAAUGAGGAAUAUGAAGAAAAUGAAGUAAAUGAGGAAAAUGAAGGAAAUGAAGGAAGUGAGGAAUAUGAAGAAAAUGAAGUAAAUGAGGAAAAUGAAGUAAAUGAGGAAAAUGAAGUAAAUGAGGAAAAUGAAGGAAGUGAGGAAAAUGAAGUAAAUGAGGAAAAUGAAGGAAGUGAGGAAAAUGAAGUAAAUGAGGAAAAUGAAGGAAGUGAGGAAAAUGAAGUAAAUGAGGAAAAUGAAGGAAGUGAGGAAAAUGAAGUAAAUGAGGAAAAUGAAGUAAAUGAAGGAAAUGAAGGAAACGAGCAACAUGAAGUAAAUGAAGUAAAUGAAGGAAGUAAGGGAAGUGAAAAAAACGUUUACUGGGAAGGUAUGAAAGGAUCAUAUGAGGAAACACCAUGGGUUCGAGAUGUUUUUUUUAAACUGGACAGGAACCUAACUGAGGUAAAUGAAAACCGUGGCGAAGAUAGUCUAAGUAAGAAGCACUGUUAUGAUUUGAAUUAUUGGCUAUACGAACAAGUGUAUGAAAAUCUUAAUAAGAACGAAAAUGAUGAGAAUUUUUUUAAAAUAAUUGAUGACCUUCAAGAUGCAUGGAAAAAUAUAAAUAAUGAUAAGUUCCCCAAUGCCGAUAAUAUAUGUCAUCCGGAUAAAACGCUGGUGGAUAUGAAAUAUUUAGAAGACGUUAAACAUUUGUUUGAUUUUAUUGAAGAUUAUUCUACCAUCAAAGAGGCAGCUAUCAAUGAUACGAAAAACGCUUGUCAGAAAUAUAUUGACUAUCUAAAAAUUACGGUUCCUUUGUACUAUGAAUGGAAUGGCAUAUGUACCAUGGAAGAACAGAACAUUUGUACAAAGUAUAUUGAUGAUUAUUCAAAGUAUGAUCCCAAAAACGUGAUGGAGAAUUUAUCUGUAGUUAGUCUUGCACUGGCAUCCAUAUUCAAUGAUUGCUAUCAGAAUAUUAUAAAUUUGUUUACGGAAGCAGAGAAGAUCGAGCCACGCACUGUUCUGAAGAAUAGAGACAUUACAGGACAAUCUGAAAAUAACGCUAUAAAAAUGGGAGGAAGAAUAUUAGCGGCAGCUGUAGGCGAUACCUACGAGUCUGGGAACAGGUUAAUUGGCAUUAAUGCCUUGGGUACUUCGAUCUUUUCCAUGGUGAAAAGAUUCAGCAGUUACGUGUUUAGCCUGAUCGCACCGGUGGGCAUUUCCCUCUUGUGCCUACUGUUUUUUCUGUACGUUCUGAAUAAGUUUACCUCAAUUGGAAAAUAUAUUUCUUACACUCAUAAAGGAGUGCAGAACAAAUGUCUUCGCAACAAGAGUGAUGAUGAGGAGGAUGAUGAGGAGGACGACGAUGAAGAUGAUGAUGAGGACGAUGAUGAUGAUGAUGACGAUGAUGAUUAUGAUUAUAUUGAUGAGGACGACGAUGAGGAUGACGAUGAGGAUGAUGAUGACGAAGACGACAGCAACAACAAUAGCGGCUUGAAAUCAAGUUCUAGCGAGGAGCCGUUAAAUAGUCAUUCAUAG